AAACCUGACCUGGGUCAGAACCGGCAGCUCUCUUCUCAUGCGUCAUCCUCAAAUGGACCGACGUAUGACGUCAGAGUUAGGGUGUUAACAUGUGACGUCAGAUGUGAUCAGAUCGAUGGGGCAGCGGCUCGGUGUCUUUAAGGGUGAGUGGGCGGGUCAGCCUCCUCUUCCUCCUCCCUGUGUGCGUGUAGGAGGAGGGAGGUGUGUGUGUGUGUGUGUGUGUGUGUGUGUGUGUGUGUGUGUGUGUGUGUGUGUGGACCCGGCUGCCGGCCUCCCUCCGCUUCUCCUCUCCGCUCGGUGUGUAUAUAAAGCUCAGCGGGAUGCCAGCGCCCUGAGCUCCGGGAUGAAGAUGCUGCUGUUCGGUCUGCUGCUGCUGCUGCUCCCGGCCGGAGCCGACCUGUCCGGGUCAGCCGCUCCGCUCCGGGGGCCGGUCCACGCCUCUCCCUCCGCCCCGCCGCGGCUCCUCCUCCCGCAGCCCGCAGCGGAGCGCGGGGCUCCCGGCGUCGCCUCGACCCGGUCUGCGGAGUCCGGCGACGGGCAGGAGGAACCGGCGGCGGCGGAGCAUCCCCACCACGGCGGCGGGUACCGGGUGGUCCAGUGGGAGUGGAGCUACGUCCAGACGCCCUACGUCAUCGCCAUCUGGCUGCUGGUGGCCAGCGUGGCCAAGAUCCUGUUCCACCUGUCGCAGCGCUUCACCACCGUGGUCCCAGAGAGCUGCAUGCUGAUCCUGCUGGGUCUGGUUCUGGGCGGCGUGGUUCUCCUCGCCAGUAAGAGGCAGCUGUACCAGCUGGACCCCGCCCUCUUCUUCCUCUUCCUGCUGCCCACCAUCGUCGGCGACGCCGGAUACUUCAUGCCCGCGCGGCUCUUCUUCGACAACCUGGGCGCCAUCCUCACCUACGCUGUGGUGGGAACGCUGUGGAACGCCUUUUGCACCGGAUUCUGCCUCUACGCCGCCAAGCUGCUGGGGGUCAUAGAUGAGCGCGUUCAGGCCGACCUGAUGGACUUCCUGCUGUUCGGCGCUCUGAUCUCCGCCGUUGACCCGGUGGCGGUUCUGGCCGUGUUCGAGGAGGUCCAUGUCAACGAGAUGCUUUUCAUCAUCGUGUUCGGAGAGUCGCUGCUGAAUGACGCCGUCACCGUGGUCCUCUAUAAGGUCUACAUCUCCUUCGUGGAGGUCGGCCCGCAGAACGUCCAGACGGCCGACUACUUCAAGGGAGUGGCCUCCUUCCUCAUCGUCAGCGUCGGGGGGACUCUGGUGGGUCUGGUCUUUGCCGUCAUCCUCGGCUUCAUCACCCGCUUCACCAAGAAGGUCCGCAUCAUCGAGCCGCUCUUCGUCUUCCUGCUGGUCUACCUGGCCUACCUGACCGCCGAGCUCUUCUCGCUGUCCGCCAUCUUGUCGAUGACCUUCUGCGGCAUCGGGGCCAACAAGUACGUAGAGGCCAACAUCUCGCAGAAGUCCCGGACCACGGUGAAGUACACGAUGAAGACGCUGGCCAGCAUCGCUGAGACCAUCAUCUUCAUCUUCCUGGGCAUCUCUGCGGUGGACAAGUCCAAGUGGGCCUGGGACACGGGCCUGGUGUCCUGCACCCUGGUCUUCAUCCUGCUCUUCAGGGCUAUGGGUGUGGUUGGACAGACCUGGGUUCUGAACCGGUUCCGGCUCGUCCCGCUGGAUAAGAUCGACCAAGUGGUGAUGUCGUACGGCGGCCUGCGGGGGGCGGUGGCGUUCGCGCUGGUGGUGCUGCUGGACGCAGAGCAAGUCAGAGCCAAGGAUUACUUUGUUGCCACGACGAUCGUAGUUGUCUUCUUCACCGUCAUGUUCCAGGGUCUGACCAUCAAGCCUUUGGUGAAGUGGCUGAAGGUUCCUCGCUCCACCAACAGGAAGCCCACCAUCAACGAGGAGAUCCACGAGCGGGCCUUUGACCACAUCCUGACUGCGGUGGAGGACAUCGCAGGACUCCAGGGUUAUCACCACUGGAGAGACAAGUGGGAGCAGUUCGAUAAGAACUACCUGAGCAAGAUGCUGCUCAGGAAGUCGGUGUACAGGAAGAGCGAGCUCUGGGAGGCGUACCAGAAGAUCAACAUCCGGGACGCCAUCAGCGUCAUCGACCAGGGUGGGAACGUCCUGACCUCGGCCAGGCUGUCGCUGCCCUCCAUGGCCAGCAGAGCCUCCUUCCCUGAAGUCACCAACGUCACCAACUACCUGUGAGUCCCAUGACCUCUGAUGACCUCUCAUGACCUCUGAUGACCUCUGAAGGGGCUGCUCAGCAGGAAACAUCUUGUUUUUACACAUUCUUCCUGUUUAAAUCAACUUCAUGGAAGU